AUGGUAUCGCUAAGCAAACUAAUGUCCGUCGACGAAAACGGUGUCAACUUUGAGAGCCCUCACACAGCCGAAAUGAUGUCAUUGACGCCGGAGAUGAGUAUUGAAAUACAGCAGGCUCUAGGUGCCGAUAUCAUGAUGCAGUUAGAUCACGUUGUUCAUGUUCUUACAACAGGAGAGAUAGUCAAGGAGGCAAUGGAAAGGAGUGUCAGGUGGUUGGAUCGUUGCGAAAAGGCACACACUCGAUCGGAUCAAACUCUUUUUCCCAUAAUACAAGGUGGACUGGAUCUCGAAUUGAGAAAGAAGUGCACUGACGAAAUGGCUAAGCGAGCUAAGGUUGGCAUUGCAAUCGGCGGUUUGUCAGGAGGAGAAGAGAAAUCCCAGUUUUGGCGGGUGGUAGCAUCGUGCUGUGAGGCGUUACCAAGCCAUCUGCCUCGUUAUGUGAUGGGUGUUGGUUUCCCUGUGGACUUGGUGAUCUGCUCCCUAUUAGGGGCCGAUAUGUUCGAUUGUGUUUACCCAACAAGGACGGCAAGAUUUGGCACCGCUCUCGUUCGUCGAGGUGGUCUGAUGCACUUGAAUCAGAAACAGUUCGCCGAAGAUUUCAAACCUAUUGAAGAGGACUGCGAUUGCAACACAUGUCAGACCUAUAGUCGUGCCUAUAUCCAUAUGAUAAUGAAUAAGGAGACGGUAGGAUGCCAUCUUCUGUCUGUGCACAACAUCAGACAUCAACUUCGUCUUAUGGAAGACGUCCGAAAUGCUAUUGAUACCGGUAAAGUACAGGAAUUUCUGGACAAAUUCCUGAAGGAAUCUUUCCCUACAGAACCAAUUCCGCAAUGGGUUCGUGACGCUGUUGAGUUUAUGGGCUAUAAGCUCUCUUGUUAA